UGCCCUCAAACCCUGUUGAGCUACCCAGACAGGUUGUCUAUUGGGGAGAGGUUCGAGCAGAUGCAGGGCUUCUGUGCCACAGUUAUAUCAAAUGACUGGUAGAUUCUCGUUGCGUUGACUUGAUUUUAUAACCACAGAGAAAAGAAAAGGUACUUACUGAUAGGCCUACUCUUAGUGAGUGCUUACUACCUUUUGCUGCCUCAUUCUUCCUUUCUAACUUACCUGAUUAGCUUUAUUUUAGCUCUUGCCUGCCCUUCCUCCCCUGUUCACUUUCCUCCUCUUCCUCCCGUGCUGCUUCCGUCUUUCCUCCCACCCCGACGUGGCUCUCCCACCUUUCCUUUUCUUUUCUGCAGACCAGUUCUACCAUAUCAUUGGUCUCUGAAUCUUCCUUGGAGCUGCAUCCUGGAUCAGAUCCCACCCAUGUUGUGCCUCCCCCAUCUGCCCCGACUACCUCAAAACAGCAGAGCCUAGACGGCUAUGGGGAUCCCCUGAACCCCCCGACGCCUCUCCCAUUGGAAGUACUUCACAUUGAAGAGGAAGGCGGCACUCCAGCCACGUCUUUCACGAAAACUGCGAAGGUUCCUCCUCGACCCUGGACUGAACCGCCAUUUGGAGAGGCCCCUCUCCCUUUUUCAGGCUCAGAGGGACCAAGCCGAGAGCCAAUUUGCAAUGGGGCAUGUCUCUCAUUUUCCAACCAAGAGUCGUUGCCCCAUAGUUCUGAUGGAGGAGCCCGGAACCAAAGAUUUGCAGAACCAAAACAACCUUGGAAGGAUGAGUGGAUAUCCGAAAACAGGCUUGCAGGUGUUUCUGGGUCGGGCAUAAAUAACAGGAUGAAAACGCCACCAUCAAGAGAACUGGAAAAGGGCCCUGUAUUAGAUCUACCGGGUGCUGCUUUCAAGGAGAAUAACAAUAAAGUAGCUUCAAACAAGUCGUUUAAUUCAGAUGGAUUUCAGUUAACACUGAGAACGCUUCCUGCCAAAGACCAUGUUGUUUCGGCAACACGCAAACCCGAUCUUUCGAGUCUGGAGCAGUGGGAUGGCUUCCCAAGUGCCAAAGACCAGCUGGGCCGUACCCUGCAGCCAAGUGCCCGGAUCCAAGAUGCAGGCAGGGCAAGCAGCUGCCCCGAUGUUGCUGAGAAGAGGCACGAUCCGGAAGGGGCCCUGAGGAAAAACAGUCUGCAGGACACUCUGGCAGGCCAGUGGAAAGAGCCACUCUCUGAAAGAGGAGCUGCUUCGGGGCCUACAGGAAAUGCCUGGAAAGAGGAACUGGAUCCGUUCCCGGCUGGCAGGAUUCCUGUGGAAAGGAUCUCCACUUCACGCCAGAUAAAAUCUGUAAUCAAGCAAACCCAAGAGACCUCCAAUGUCCACCCCAUGUGCCGUGAUCUCUCACCGAGACGCAAGCUGGGCCCGGCCAUAUUCCACAAGACGGUCUCCCAAGACCGCUUGAUAGAGGAGCUUCAAGACAGGUUGGGCAUCAGUAAGCCAGAACAGGAGGAAUGGAGGAGCCAAGACAACUGGCUGACUGAGGGGGUCAUCAUCAUCUCCAGGCCACAAAAGAAAGAGCAAGAUGGUGGGCAGCAGGUAGAAAAGGUUAUAAUUCCUGCCGAGUCACCCCUUCCUCUGAGGAAAACCGUCUCGGUCCCGCCUUCUCCCCCACCACAGUGUCCUAAAGAUGCUUCAAAGGCUGUCUCUAUCAAUACAUCUCCUCUUCCUUUCCCUCUUCCUCUUCCUCACCCUCCUCCUCCUCCUCCGCCCCCUCCUCCCCUGCCACCGCCGCCACCUCCACCCUCGCCACACGUCCCUCACCUGCGCUAUGUGCCCUCCGCCCCGCCUCUUCAGCCUCUCCUGCAGUGGGAGAUGCUCUUGGAGGAAUCUUCUUUACCCCCAGGACAGAUUCUGCCAAAUCCCAUUGGAGUGGCCUCCCUCCCACAGGGAGAGGUUCGAGCCAAGCCCGUUGCUUCCGCUCCCAAGAUGGUGGUGUCGGUGGGCUGCCAGACUGACGAGGAUUCGUUCUUCCCGCCAGAGCAGGCAUGGCCUCCUUUUAUGGUGUCCUGAUGUGCCAGAACGGGACCCAGCUGGAUCCUAGCCUAUGCAGCCACUGUGCAUUAGCUCGAAUAUUGAAGAACAGCAAAGACCGAACUUGGAUAGCACAGAAGGGGGGAAAUUGUCUUUCUUGUUUAAAUACCAGCGCUAAGCAUAGUUUGGU